GUGAUUUGCUUCAACAAUGAGCGCAGUUCAGAAUAACGGGGAAACCAUAUUAACCAACAACAAUAUUGAAAAUGGAGGAGCAAGGAAGCGAAUUCUACGCAAACGUGUACCAACCCAGGUGAAGAAAGAAGUACAACAAGAUGUUUUAAUGAGCGGACCAACGGGUUACCAUAAAAGCUGGUCAGUUAUACAACGAGCGGUGGACUGCCUGAUGACGGAGACUACUGUACCGGUGCCACUGUCUACAAUUAAGAAUCGUGAGCCAAGGCACUUGCCAAAACGCCGCAUCGCUGUCAGUCUGCUCCGCGACGUACAUCUCAACAAUUUGAUCUUGAAGACCCAAAAAUUCCAGAUGGAGUAUGAGCAACAAGGAAUGCCUUUCACACGCCAGGUGAUCAUCGAUUAUCCAACCGAGCGUCAGAGACCACGCAAAGAGCGUCAUUACGAGUUCUGGCCAUAUUUCGAGCAACUCCCAGAGCUCGACGAGGAAGAGCAAAUUGCGCCGGAAGACAUCAAGGAGGAAGAAAUUCAUGACACUCUUGGAUUCACUUCGGAUAACUCAAUUGAGCUCGCCGAGGAGUGCAAAGAAAAUUCAACUUUUUUGCCAGCUCCACUCAGCGAUGAGAUCACCAAGGAGAUCGCUAGCCUCUUUGCCCCAAAGAAGACUAAGCCAAGCAGCAGCUUUGUAGAGAAGUACAUGAAGAAGGGACCAUUCUCCAGAAUCUUCUGAAGGAUGUCAUCUCAUCUCCUGUAUUUCGAAACGUGGAUAGCGGGAUCUGAAUCUUUCCAACUCACAGCACACCAUUCACCAUUUCCGUUAUAGUGUAGAUCACUGUUUUCAUACAUUCUUCCAAUUUAAUUUCACCUCAUUUUCUUUUAUUUUCAGCACCCUAGUAGUUUCGAGUAGCAAAUUCAUAUUUAAGCACCCACCCCCUUGAAAGUUUAGAUUCCCUUUCCAAUCUCUUUCCCUGUCUCCUAGACUAUAUCAGCUGUAUUUUAAGCUUAAAUGUUCAUACGACUCAAACCUGAAAGUCCCGAAAAAUCAGAAAAUCUAAAAAAUAUCAGCUUUAACACACUUUUUCACACAUCCUACCUAUAUUUUGAAAUUCUCCUGUCUCAUGCAAAAACAAUUUAUCUCAUGCUUCAUUUCGUUGUUCAAUCCCCCAAAAAAAUGUACUACUAACAAACGAGCCUCAAUACUUUUGAACAAAAAAAAAAAUGUUUUUAGAGUUAGUUGUAAAAAAAUUGAAAAAAUUUAGUAAAAAAAGUUAAAAAGGUUCAAACAAAAAAUUAUUUCCUUCAAACUAUUUCGUUCUCUUUUUACCAAUCAUUCCAUAUAUGUUGCUGGCCAAGUGUAUACUCAUAUUUUGGUUAUCUAGAAUCCAAUUUUUUACAACAAAAACAGUUCAAAAAGAGUCACAACGUGUGACCAACCCCUUUCUUAGUCUCUUCCAUCAAAUUCACCUGUUUUUGCUUCUUCGUACAAAUCGAUAUCAUUUUUGUGUGACUUGUUCCAUCUACCCGCCGCAAUCAAUACUUGUACCUCAAACCCAUCCUUGUCCAGAAGGACACAAUUGAUAACUAUUCUUGUCCCAUCGUUCUCGGUUAUUUUCUGUCGUCGUCUCAUGUACCCAUUCUACAUUCUCAGCGUGCUACCAUUUUCUUGUUUUCUGGAUUCGCCAGCGUCAGCAAGAGGCUUCUUCCACUCUUUGCAUAAAUGAAUGCAAUUGUACCUUUUACUCCGACUAGUUGAGUCAGCUCAAUCUAUUUUUGUUAUGCUGCUUCUCGUCGGUUGAAAACACAAUUCUUGCUGACGCUGUGAAAAUCUUCACCCUUUUGAAACCUCCCGAACCGCUUCCCUUCCAAACGUCUGUAAUAAUAGUAUAAUUGUUGUUGAUUGAUCCAUUCAAGCACUUUGUGAUUGUAUGUUGUUUCUACCUUUUCCAAAUAUAUCUAUUCGUUUUUUUUAUAGUUGUCAAUAAGCAUCAUGUUUUUAAUGGUAUUGUUCACACCACACACACAACCCACUCUUGGUCUCGGCUUUUUCUCUCUCAUCAAGCUUUUUUCUUCAUGUUAUUGUGUUUUUUUAAAUACUAAUUCAAAAUUUAAAUGAAUAGUUUACUGGGCAA